AUGGGUUGUAUUGAGCCUACUAAUUCUGGGAACUUAUUCACCUGGUCUUCUACAAGAGGAGAUGAGCGCAUAAGGAAAAGUAGGAUUGACAGAUGUUUGGUAAAUGAGAAUUGGAUCAACCAAUUUCCGAGAAGUCAACUUCAUGUUUUGAAUCUUGGAAUUUAUGAUCAUUGCCCGAUUAAAUUAUUCCGGGAAAAGGAGGAGAGGUUCAAGAUAUCCUUCAAAUUCUUCAACUUCUGGAUGGAAAAUGACAAAUUUAAGGAUAUUCUUCAAAGUGUAUGGUCUACAGAUGUCAGGAGUUCCAAUAUGUACAGGGUUUUCGAAAAGCUAAAGAUCCUGAAGAAUCAACUCCAAAGCUUUGAUAAGAAAAAGUUCAGCAAUAUCUCUAGUAGAGUUUUGGUUACAAGAGAAGAACUGGAAGAGGUUUAG